UUCAAAUUAUAGUGAAUCAGACUUUUGGCACCCGCAAAAAUGUUUAAUAGAAAGAAAGUAUUUUAUUUAUUUAGUUUAAUUGUUGUUUAUAUGUUUUGUGAUUAUGUUAGUGCGGCAUCUAAAGAAGAGGAAUUGCAACAAAAAGUUAUAAAACUAGUUAAAAUAUAUGCCAAAGAAAUUGGAGAAAGAUUAUAUACCUUAAGCAACUCCAUGACUCAACCUAAAAAAAUCGAAGAAAGUUUUGCACCUCUUGAAAUCAAAAUUGAAACUGUUGGUGGUAUGAAAAUUUUGGAAAAACUUGCAAGAAGUUUAAGGGAACUGAUGGAUAACAAAACUGCAGCAGUAAAAAACAUAUCGGAAUAUGCGGAAUUUCUUUCAUACUACAGGCAAGACGAUCCACUUUUUCCAAACGGAACAUACGACUACUACAACGCAGAUAAUGUAACCGAUUCUGACGAUGAUGACGAACGAAUGAAGGUCAAAAAGGACAUCCAAUAUGCCGAAUGCAGGUGGUUCUGUCAACAACAAAACCGCAGGCCACUCUCCUACAAUAUUUACAAAAAACAAGACUUGGAAGCACUGUAUCGCGCCAGGAAUUUUAACGAAGAAAUGAACGAUUGCGAUUGUAGAAACGUUUUAAGCGAAGACAAGGAACCGUCGUUUUAUUGGACCCUACCUAUGGAGUAUGAUGCGAGGUUUGACGAAAAAGUCAACCUUAAUUUAAGUAUUAUAAAAACUGCUACUAAUGUAUACUAUAGAGAACAAAAAGUCCUUGAAGGUGCUAGAUGGUCGGAAGCCCUGGAUUUUGUAUUUAAGGAUAACAUGUUAAGAGAUCCGACCUUAACUUGGCAAUACUUUGCCAGUCCUCAUGGGUUUAUGAGGCAUUAUCCUGCAAUCAAGUGGUCAGAUGAAGCCUACGACCAAACAUACGACUUUCGUACAAGAUCAUGGUAUACCGAAGCAAUGACGUCACCAAAAAACAUUAUGAUACUUGUUGAUAACUCAGGAUCCAUGCAUGGGACCCACAGAGCCCUUUGUGCACAUAUUGUUAAUGACAUAUUAGACACACUAAAUGAUAAUGAUUUCGUUAAUAUUUAUACGUUUAAUAAUAGAACUGAUCCCUUGGUGUCUUGUUUUAAUAACACAUUAGUACAGGCUAAUGAAGAAAACCUGCGACUUUUAAGAGAAAGCCUACCAGUUUAUGAAGAUAUAUUUGUAUCAGAUAUAAUUUUAGGAUUAAAAAGAGCCUUUGAAAUUCUUCAACACUUUAAAAAAUAUCGAGCUAAUAACACCUGUAAUCAAGCAAUUAUGCUUAUUACUGCAGGUGUAGACUACGAUUUUGAUAUAAAUGUAUUUAAACAUUUUAAUAAUUGGGAUACAUCACAAUUACCUGUCAGGAUUUUUACGUAUCAAAUUGGUAGAGAUUGUACUGAUGCUAGACAUAUGGAAUGGAUUGCAUGUGCUAAUAGGGGAUAUUAUGUAAAUAUGACCGUAUUGUCGGACGUCCGUGAAAAAAUCCUCAACUAUAUGAACGUUCUAUCGAGACCAAUAAAUUACGAUUUUAAAAAUAAAGCCACCGAAAUAUGGAGUUAUUUGCAUGUAGAUCUGGCGGAUCGCAGAUUUUCAAAUUGGUUGUGGAGAAAAUUUGAAGGAAAUAGGCAAAGAGAAGUGUUCUUAGAUCAUGUUAAAAGGGACUAUAUAAGACUUAAGAAAACUUUAACAAGCAGAUCUCAUAUGUUGUUAAGAGAAGAACAUGAAUUUCAAAAAUAUAAAAAGAAAUUUGAUUAUAACUAUAUGACCACAGUUUCUUUGCCAGUUUAUGGCAGGAGGGAUGAAGAGAUUGAUCUUAUUGGCGUUGCUGGUGUUGAUGUGCCAAUUAAAUUAUUAAGAAAUUUUAUUCCCUAUCAUAGGCUAGGUGUAAACGGGUACGCUUUUAUUUGCACGAAUAAUGGUUAUGUAUUAAUGCAUCCUGAUCAUAGGCCUGAAUUUAAAAAUAUAUUAAAACCCACUUUUAAUAGAGUGGAUUUUUUGGAAGUUGAAAUACUAGACGAUUCAAGUCAACCGCGAUUAUUUAAUGAAACUAUAGUACAUCUCAGGGAGAAAGUUGUCCGGAGUCAACAAUGGGAUCAAGUUCUUUCUGUAAAGUUUACCAUAAACGAAAUGAAAAGAGUAGUAUUAAGUGAGAGAGAAUACUUUUUAACGAAAUUGGGGCCUUUUACACUUGGCAUAGCACUGCCUGCAAAGUAUGGAAAAAUUAAAGUGCAGGAAAAUGCAAAGCAAUUUUUUGCUACAGCCAUUGGAUUGUUAAAAACUAAAAAUUGGAAGGUUCAUCCUGAUUGGAUUUACUGUAAAAACUGCGAAGGCAAAACACCAGAAGAGAAAAUCGUAAAUUUAUUGAGAAAAAACUUGGGAACAAAGGAAAUGGAACCGUUAUUCUCAAUGAUGUUAUAUGAUGCAAACAGGACAAUAUGGUUUGAGGAUGAUUUAGAUGCCGAACAAAAUCUUUUUAUAAAAAAAUAUUUUGUCAACAAAAUAUUUUUAUCCACGCAUUCUGGACUGACGAGAUGGCGUACCUUUAACGUUACCUUUGUGGAUGAAGACGAUAGAGACAGUUUCGAAACACGGAACAGUAGAUCCAUAGACGAAGACUGGUAUAGAAGAUCAGUUGAAGAAAAUUAUAAGGACGAAAGAAGGUUUAUUUAUUCUGUACCAUUCGAAAUAUCAGGAUAUGAAAAUAAUACAAUGAUAACUGGAACAAAGGCAAUAUUUUUAAAAAAUGGAGCAGUCAAAACUCCAAUUGCCGUUGUUGGCUUGCAAUUUAAUCACAGAGCCAUGUACGAACUUUACAACGAUAUAACACUGAAAAGUUUUAACAUUACUACCAAAUGUGGAAAAGCAAAAUACUGCAACAUAACCUGCGAAUCAGACUACCUGGAUUGCUUCAUACUCGACAACAAUGCGUACAUUGUCCUUAGCGACGAAAUCGAAUACACCGGCAGAUACAUAGGAGACAUCAGGGCGGACAUAAUGUACCAUUUGAUCCAGGAUGGCGUGUUCAAGGACACUCGGAUGUUCGAUUACCAGGCGAUUUGCCAGAAAGAGCCGCCAGAAAAGAAAAAGAAGAACUCUGCUAACAGCCCCCCCAUCCGAUUUAGAAAAUUGGUUCAACAUCUUUUAGGUGCUACCAAUUGGGCCUUAGCGACUGUACUUUUCUGGGUGAGAUCGAUUAUGGCCGGUCCUGCUUAUCAAAGUAUCAAGGAAGACACAAUUGCUGUGGAAAAACUGGAAAUCAAAAAAACAUACCCAACACCGUGCGAUCACGAAUUUUGGCUCUUCACUUUGGGAGACAAGUUCCAAAACAGUGUAUUUCAUAAGAACGCAACCAAGUUUGACUGUGAUUGGCCAUACGUGGUGGAAAAAAAUUCCUGAUAGUAAUCUAUUGUUUAUGGCGAUAAACGGAAGAUGCAAAUUCGGGACUAAUACUUACAUAAAAAGUCCGGAACCGAAGGAAAUUAUUUACAAUAAUAAUACAUUACCUUGCUACAUUGCUACCAAAAAUAACUACACUAGAAGAGGUUACAUGAAAUGCUACAAUAAAGAUAACCGGGAAAACAAUCUAAACUUAAACAAAUAUUACUGUGGACACACUUGGAAACCUGAUGAAAUAGUUUGUUAGAGCUUAAAAUUUAUCCUAUUUUAUUAAACAAAAUAUUUUUAUCUCUGUUAGGUAUAUUUUGUGCUUUAUAAAAAAAAUAAAGGUAAG